GUUCCUUUGGUACCGACGUUGCGGGAAACCUUCAACUGGCCACUGUCACCCAGCUCACACGAAAGACCAUUCAUUGUCCUGGGAUAAUAUCAGAAAGCGUUAGGGCCCGAGCUUCUUUUGGCGAGCGUGUAGAACAAUUCACUAAACGUGGAAUUUCCACGUUCAGCGACAUUUUAAGUAAUAUCUUUUGCUUCUUCUUUUCCCAAGUGGCAUCUUUCGUCUUUACUCCCAAUUAACACCAAAGGUAGCAAGUUUUUUCUCGUCUUGGAAAUACUAUAAAGAUCACAAUCACAAACUGCCCCUCGAUUACGAUAUGUCUCAGGAUCAUUCCCUACCACAUUUAAAUCAGCCUCCUUCUCCAUCUAUUCCUAUCGAUCCUUCUCUGGCUCUAUACUCUCCGUACUACCAUUCCUAUCAACAGCAGCCUCAGCAGCAUCUGCCACCACAUCUUUCAAUUGCGCCGAACUACCCUUCUCCUUCCUCACAAGGAUCUGACACCAUCGGAACUCCGCCCACAGAGCAUAUGUAUCCUACCGGUUCCUCGUCUUCCAAUGCCAAUGGGAAGCGUCCUGCAUCUGCGAUAUCUACUGCGAGUGGUAGUGAAGCCGUUAAGAAAGCGCGCAAGGAUGACGAACUAUCUGAAAUUCGGAGUCCAACAACGGAUAAGGAAGAAAAGCCCAAGCCAACGAGAGGUUCAAGGGCUUGUACAGUGUGCCGUCGCUUGAAGAUGAAGUGCAUCGGUGCGGAACAAGGCCCACCCUGUAAACGCUGCCAAACCGGAGGGCACGAAUGCAUAUUCGAAGAAUCAAAUAGAGGGAAGCGCUCUUCAAAAAAGCACGAGCUAUUAACAAGAUCUUUGCGAAAAAUGGAACGCACUUUGGACACAGUACUACGUUCUAUUGGGAACCCAAGUAUUGCUUCUGGCAUGAUAUCACGAUCUCCUUCACCUAGCGCACAACAUUCGUCGACCCAAGCUUUACUCAAUAGAUCUCCUUCACCUUCCGCUGCAGUUGGAUCUGGAGGGUCGCCGAAAUUACACUCGUUACCAGAUAACGCUUUGAAUCCACUCGGCUUACUCGCGGAAGCGAGCCUGGCUAAUCGUCGUGCCCACAUUGGCACGUCGAGCAGCUUCAGAGCCAGAGCCGACAAUCCAGGUGAAAAUCCCAAAGUCGGUGUGGCCAACGACAUUUACUUCAAACCUGGUCCCAUGACAAUAUUACCACUUCGGCGACUGUAUAUCGAACGUCAAGUUCAACCAGAAAUGCUUACUUUUGUCAGUACGCAAGAAGUGGUUGCGCUAUUUAAAAUAUUUUUUGACCACCUAAAUGUUCAUUCAAACUUACUGGAUCGGAACUUCCACACGCCAUCGCUUGUCUGUUCUCGUUCUCCAUUUUUACUUACUACGAUCUGCGCUAUAGCCAGCAAAUUUUAUCUCGAAAAGCCGGAAUUACAUCCUCGGCUCACCGAACUAUCCAAAAAACUUGCCUUUAGUGUUCCAGCCAAAGGAUACAAAUCGGUGGAGAUAGUCCAGGCAUACUUGCUACUCACAAUGUGGGGUGUGGGAGCUGUGGAGCGCUACGAACAGGACAAGACAUGGCUUUUGCUAGGUAUGGCUAUCAGAAUGGCCACAGACCUUAACCUUCAUCGCAAAACCGCGGUCAAUAGUCAAGAUACUCAAGAAGGACACGCUCGUGACAUCGAGGUACAUAAUCGGGAACGGACAUGGAUUUUAUGUUUCUGUUUGGACAGAAGCCAUAGCGCGUUAUUGGGGAAACCUCAUACUAUCAAGGAAGAUUUCAUCAUUCGCAAUGCGGACGUCUGGUGCAAAUCUCCUGUGGCAAUUCCCUCAGACCGUUCCAUUGCCGCAUACGCAGAAUUGCAGCGGAUUCUGUCUCGCAGUUUAGAUUUUCUGUACUCAAAAACCGAUUCUACUUCCGGGCUACAAACCUCUUGCGACUAUCUCCUAGUUGUGAAAACUUUUGAGUCGCAGAUUAUGGAGUCGUCGACGCGAUGGAUGCAUGAAGACUUGCUUGCCAUGAAGGAUCCUCCCGCGACGGCUGAAUAUAAGGUCCCAAUAACGCAAUUCUAUCUCAAUUACGUUCUCUUGGUUCUCAAUUCGUUUGGGUUGCAAAACGCCCUCGAACGAUCACCGAUGGACAUGGGUCAUUUCUUUGCACGGUGUCACUCGUGCGCCACUACAUGCGCAACGCUUGUUCGUGAUCAGUUGGGUCCGAUUGGAUUUUUGAAAUAUUCGCCGGACUCGCAUUUUGUUCAAACGUCGUACGCCGUACUCACUCUGCUCAAGUUAAUACGCCCUGAGUUUUCAGCAUACCUACAUAAUGAGCAAACCACCAUUACUCUCAUCAGGGAUGUAGCUGAUAUUCUGGAAUCAAAUUCCGUUAAUCCCACCCAUACGCCUGCCUUGUACAGCACCUUUUUGAAGGCGCUAAUUUCAGCCAGACUAGAACGAACUUCCGAGGAGAAGACGCGCUCGUCCGAUGUGCUCAAUGGCGAUAUAGGUUCCGCUGGUCAUCAGGUGCACUUCCAAGACACUGAUACAAUUCAUACUUUGAGUGAAUUCCAAUUCGAGGGAGAGAUGGGUCCUGUUGCUGAUGUGUCCACCUUUCCUCCUACAAUGGCGCCGGAUCCCAUGGAGGAUCCUGUUUCGGGAAUGACAAUGGACAGUAUUUUCAGCAGCAAUUUCUGGGAUAGUGUGCUUGUACCUGGGUACAAUUCGCUCGACGGUCUCACUGGCGGUUUUGUCUUCGGGGCCGGUGGUAGUGGGCUGAUUACACCACAUGUAGGUUUAACACCUACUCCAUCCGGACAAAGUACGCCCUCGAGAGGGUUAAGCUCUCAAGAUGACCUUGCAAUAACUCUGUCAGCCUUUGACCGGCAAGAAGUCGCCUCCUGAGUGCUUUUCACAUAUAAAACUUACAGCCUAAACAUACUGUCGUCAAAUUGUUAUCUUGCUUAGUCGCUAUGUUAUGCUCCCUAUGUACAUUACGUGUGUAGCCUAUGCUUCAAUUAGGUGUAUUUUUUACUAUGAUCGAGGGAUUUGGUAGACACAAAUAUUGACAAAUAUAGAGAUGCUCGGUUAGCCAGC